AUGCCAACAGCAGCAGCAGCGGCGGCGGCGGCGGCCAACAGCACUAACCACACGCUGCAGAUCGAGCCGGUGGUGGCGAGGCGUCGCAGUGAGGGCGACGCGGCGACCCGGAAGCGCAACGACAGCGGCGGCUCGGUGGCCAUCAGCAGCAUCACGACGACAAGCGGCAGCACGAACCAGAGUGGCGGUGGUGGUCGGGAUCUACUCAGCGCAUCGCUGGAUUCGCGCAUCGCCCGACGCGUCUCGCUCGACUCGGCGGAAGCGGCCGGCCACGGGGGCCAUGGGGCGCACGGGGGCCACGGUGGGGGCGCCGGCGGGGGCCAGCUGCUGAAGUGCCGCAACCCGCGGUGCGACGCGUCGGCCACGCUGGCGGAGGCGCGCCGGAGCUACAAGAGCUGCCACAACUGCUCCCAUCUGUACUGCUCGCGGGAGUGCCGGCGGGCGCACUGGGAGCGGCACCGGAAGGCUUGCCUGCACUCGCGGGUGUCCGCCCUGUGCCGGCUGGUGCUGUCGACGUGCAAGGACGACGCGGACUCGCUGCGCCACCUGAGCGCGCUCGCCCGCCGGGGCUACUUGUCGCAGGGGCGAGGUGUUGUUAGAAUACUGUUCCGCAGCCCGGAGGCGGCCGACUCGUUCAUCAAGCAGGGCUUCCAGUGCCUGGGCGAGGUGUCGUACGUGCGCUGGCCGGACCUGCUGCCGGCCGAGAUGGGCCCGGAGCUCUACUCGGAGCUGCUGAAGCUCGCCACCGAGUACAAGCCCGACUCCAAGAUGCUGCUGUACGUGGCGAUCUGCGUGGUGUCGGAGGCGCCGGGCAGCGCGACGGCCGGCGCGGUCAAGUGGGAGCGCCAGCUGGUGUCGCGCUGCGCCAAGCUCAAGCUCUGCCGCUCCGUCGUGGGCGAGCUGGGCUCGGGUGGGACGGGGGGAGCGGGGGCGGGCACGGGGACGGGCCCCACCGGAGGUGGAGGGGGGGUUAGCGAGGGCCGGCGCAAGGACACGGUGGGCGACGUGCUGGUGCUGGCCUUCAACAUUCUCGCCCAGACGACGCCGAAGGCGCGCGAGCAGGUGUCGCGGAACAUACAGGCGGUGCUGCGGCAGCGGGGGGUGCACCUGCGGAAGCACUACCCGGAGGUGUCGCAGCGGUUGGCCACCUUUGUCGAGGGCUCCACCGACCGCUUCCUGCCGGUGACGCUGCACCCGCGCGACGCCGUCAGUGGCCGGUCGUUCGUGUGCAUCAUCAUGCCCAACUACGGCGACUCCGAUCGCGUCCAGUUCCCGGUGUCGGAGAACAGCGACGAUCGCGUCAUCACCAUCGACGUGGGGGCCUCCGAUCUGGGCGACGAUCUCACUAGCAAACUUUAA